CCCACCUGCAUUUAAAGUGAAGAGAGGAAGAAAGAAAGAGAAGAGGAUCAAGGGGAAAUUUGAAGUCCCAAAGCCUAAGGAGACAUCAAGAAUGGGGACUAUAACAUGUGGCAAUUGUGGACUGCAAGGACAUAGGUACACAAGCUGCAACAAGCAGUUGAAGCCUGAGCUGGCUUUGAGGAAGAACAAACAUGUGCCUCUUGCAAGGAAUUCCAAUGCUGGUGCUGCUGCUACUACACAAGCAUCAACAACUUCUCAUCCAACUCCUACAACAACACCAACAGCUGGAACAGGAGCUGGGAGAGGAGCUGGGAGAGGAGCUGGGAGAGGGGCUGCAGCUGCAGCUGCUGGGAGUGGUGCUGCUAGAGGUGCUGGUAGAGGUGCUGCACCAGGUGCUGGGAGAGGUGCUGGGAGAGGGAGAGGUACAUUCUCUGCCCCAAGGCAAUCUGGUCCCUCCACAUCUACUGCUCCCUCUACAUCUACUGCUACUCCACCUUCUGGUGGUAGAAACAGAGGAUGGAGAGCCUACUUCUAUGCAAGUGGUAACCACUAAAUGGCACAUGUGCCAUGUAAU